AUGAACAAUCGAUCCACAUUCUUUAUAGCUGUUUUAUUAGAAGUUUAUACAGCUAAAUUAGAUAAUAGUUUAAGUAGUAUACGUAAUGUAGAAGAAAUAAGAGCAUAAUGCUAACUGAAUCAAUUUCUUUUAGGAAAUAAUUGUUAUGGUAAAAAUGAGUUUGAUUUAGAUUGUCAUUAUAGUUGUUAAUAAUGUAUUGGAGAUUAAGUAAAUAAUUGUAUUUAAUGUAAUAUACUUUAAAAAAGAAUAUUAAGAGAUAAUAAAUGCAUAUGUUUAUAAUCUUAUUAUGAAUUAGAGUAAUAAGUAAUUUGCUAAAGUAAAUUUAAAAUUAUAAAUUAGAGUGUAAUAAAUCUUGUUUGACUUGUUAAGGAGGAUUAGAAAGUGAUUGUUUAAGUUGUGAUAAUAAAAGUAUCUUAACAAUUAAUAGAUGUAUAUGUAAAGCAGGUUAUUUUAUUGAAAAUAACAAUAUGGAAUGUUCAUGUAAAUAAAUUAAAUUAUUAUAAUAAAAGAAUGUGAUUUUACUUGUGAAUAUUGUUUCAAUUCUUUAUUUAAUGGUUGUAUCAAAUGUAAUCAAUCAACUUUAAGAUAACUAGAAAAUAAUGAAUGUAAAUGUCCAAUAGGUUAUUAUUCAUAAGAAGGAAUAUAGUAAUGUUAAAGUAUAUUAUAUAAUAUAAUAAUUUUAGAAUGUGAUAAUAUUUGUAAGAGUUGUGAUACAUACAAUUAAUGUUUGA